AUGUCGAGGAGUUUCCUUGUUGGUUUUGUUGGAGGUCUAGUUCUUGCCGUUCUGAUUCAAGCUCAGGACCAAUCAGGAUUCAUCAGCAUAGAUUGUGGAGCUCCUGCAGAUGUGAGCUAUACUGAGGCGAAAACAGGCAUAAAUUAUACAUCAGAUGCAAAGUUAAUCAAUACUGGUGUGAGUAUGUCAAUAGAAUCUAGUCUCAAAAAUGAGUAUCAACGACAGGUGCAGACUCUAAGAAGCUUCCCGGAAGGAAAAAGGAACUGCUACAAAAUAAACAUCACAAGGGGCUCUAAGUAUUUAAUCAAGGCUACUUUUUUGUACGGAAAUUAUGAUGGUCUAAAUAAGGUACCACAGUUUGAUCUUCUUUUUGGGGCUAACCGGUGGGGUACAGUGAACAUAAACAAUGGAUCCCUUGACCUGACCAAGGAGAUCAUACAUGUACCUUCACUGGAUUAUGUACAAAUCUGUCUCGUUAACACAGGCCGUGGAACACCAUUUAUAUCAUCCAUAGAACUGAGAAAUUUGACAAAUGAUAUUUAUGUCACUGAAUCUGGAUCAUUGAAAACUUACAUCCGGUGGGAUAUAGGUUCAGACAUCGGCUAUAGGUACAAGGAAGAUGUUUAUGAUCGUUACUGGGCCUAUGACAACAUCAAUGAGUGGACACAAUUAAGUGCUUCGAUUUCUGCUGAUGCUACAAACCAGAACAUAUAUAAACCACCAGCUAUUGUCAUGAGCACUGCAGUUACACCAGCAAAUGUUAGUGCUCCAUUGGUAAUAAGCUGGGUACCAGAUGAUCCAACCGAUCAGUUCUAUGUUUACAUGUACUUCAUGGAGAUUGGAGUGUUAGCCACAAAUCAGACAAGAGAAUUCACCAUCGUGAAUAAUGGUAUACAAUGGUAUUCAAAGUUUUCACCCCAGCGUCUGAGUGUCAACACUUUAUAUAGCACUUCACCCUCCAGUGGGAAAGAAAUUAUAUUUUCUAUUGAAAAGACCAAAAUCUCAACCCAACCUCCCAUCAUCAAUGCUCUUGAAGUUUACAAAGCAAUAGACUUCCCGCAAUCAGAUACAUUCAAAGACGAUGAUGAUGCCAUUACAACCAUCAAAUCAAUUUAUGGGGUGACAAGAGAUUGGCAAGGUGAUCCAUGCGCCCCUGUAGACUACUUGUGGGCCGGUCUCAAUUGUAGUUAUAUCGGAAAAGAGUCUCCAAGAAUCACAACUUUGGAUUUAUCUUCAAGUGGAUUGUCAGGGAAGAUAGACCCUUCAAUUUCAAACCUCGGCAUGUUGGAGAAGUUGGAUUUAUCAAACAAUAGCUUCAACGGAGAAAUUCCUGAUUUUCUGACUCAAUUGCGACACUUAAAGAUAUUAAACUUGAAGAAGAAUAACCUCUCUGGAACAAUUCCCUCGGCACUUGUUGAAAGAUAUAACGAAGGUUCUCUGUCACUAAGUGUGGACCAAAAUCCAUAUCUGUGUGAAACUGGUCAAUGCAACAAGAAUGAAAAGAAAAAGAAUAGCUUUGUUACACCCUUAGUAGCAUCAGUUAGUGGAGUUUUUAUCGUUCUGCUGGUCGUGGCAGCAAUAUUCUGGACACGUAACAGGAUAAAAUCAAAAGGUGAUGCUGCAACCAUUAAAAUUUUGAUGAAAGAAAAGGAUAAAAGUCAGAUCUUACCGCAAGUCAAAGAACAAGAUAAUUCAAUACUUCACUCCAAAAAGCAAAGAUAUUCAUACCCUGAUCUCCUUAACAUCACCAACAAUUUCAAUACAAUUAUUGGUAAUGGAGGAUUCGGAACUGUUUAUCUGGGUUAUAUCGAUGACGCUCCAGUUGCGGUGAAAAUGCUUUCCCCAUCAUCUGUUCAUGGUUAUCAACAAUUUCAAGCAGAGGUUAAACUUCUAAUGAGAGUUCACCACAAAAAUUUGACAUCCCUUGUUGGUUAUUGUAAUGAAGGAAGUAAUGAGGGUCUCAUAUAUGAGUACAUGGCUAAUGGAAACUUACAAGAACAUCUCUCUGGUAAACGCAGAAAAACAAAAAUCUUAAGCUGGGAAGAGAGACUUCGUAUAGCAGUGGAUGCAGCCUCAGGAUUGGAGUAUCUUCAAAAUGGUUGUAAGCCACCUAUUUUCCACAGAGAUGUAAAAUCCACAAACAUCUUGUUGAGCGAACACUUCCAAGCAAAAUUAUCUGAUUUUGGUCUAUCCAAAAUUUUCCCAACAGACGGGGGAACUCAUGUGUCAACUGUUAUUGCUGGUACUCCUGGUUAUCUGGAUCCUGAGUACUACAUAACCAGUAGAUUAACAGAGAAGAGCGACGUUUAUAGCUUUGGUGUGGUUCUUUUGGAGAUAAUCACAAGUCAACCAGUGAUAGCUAAGAGUCAAGAAAAGACACACAUAAGCCAAUGGGUUAGUUCCUUGAUUGAAAAAGGUGAUAUCAAUGCCGUUGUUGACUCGAGGUUAGGAGGAGAUUUUGAUAAAAACUCAGUUUGGAAAGCAGUAGAAAUAGCAACAGCAUGUGUGUCUCUAAAUCCCAACAGAAGGCCAGUCAUAAGUGUGAUAGUGACUGAACUGAAGGAGGCUUUAGCAAUGGAAUUUGGUCGAACUAAAUAUAGUGAUGCCGAAACAAGCGAUUCAGUUAAACUGGUCACCAUAAAUAUGAAUAGUGAACCCUUUCCCAUGGCACGGUAA